AUGACCAAGCGCUCCUCCACCCCCAGUGCCCAGAAAAUGGUCAGCCCUCGAAAAGACUUGCUGCCCCACCUGCUGGGCACCCCGUCAUCUCCUCAGGCUUUGUCUCGCUGCCCAGUGUGGCCUCACCAGGAGCAGCCCCCACAGCAGCUGUCUGUUGAUGUGGGCGUUGAAGGACUGGCCAUGGGCACGCCAAGAGCGGCUCGGCCCUCGGCCUCGGCGCGGACCUCCUUCCAGAGCCUCCGGGGCCGCAGCCCACUAGCCGGCCGUGCCGGCCCCGGCACCGCCGAGGCAGGAGAAAUGGGAGUCCCUCCGCGGCGUCCCCGGGGCAGCUGCGUUCGCCGGGGAAGCGGCUGUGUCUUCGAGGAAACCGGAAGUCCGCGGUGA